GACCUUCCCAACACGAUCCAAUUGACCACGAGAUUCCCAGUGCGGGGUUGAGUGCACGUUGCCAGCUAGCCGCCAGCUCCGAAACAGGACAGCAUCAGCCAUACAAACUCCAGAAUGAGCGGUGACUCGCAUACCUUGCCCCUGAGGCAAGGCACUACCUUCAGCGACGGCCCCGUGCCCGAUAUCGAUCCUACUACGACAGCCGGCUUGCUCACCGAGAGACUGCAAGCUUGGAAGCACGCCGUCGUCUACUUGGAGGAGUACGUGGGAGCGACCGAGAAGGCUCAUAGGGCGCACUCCAAGGAGUAUGAGAAGGUGCUUAAGACGAUCUCUCACCCCCUUCGAGAAGGCGCCCAUUUCGACCAGGGGCUCGGUGGCGUCGCCGGUUUCUUCGAGAACGUGCGCGUCAACACGCAGGCAAUGAUCAACACGAACGCGGAGACCGAAAAGAUCUUGAAGGGGACCGUCUUGCCCAUCCUCGAGCGGCUGCACAAAGAAAUCAAGGCGAAGCAUAAGGAAGUCUCGCACAAUGCCGAGAAGAGCGCAAAGGAGAUCGAGAAGGCGAGGAGCGCCACCCAGAAGCAUAUCGAACUUCUCAGCCAGAACGCCGCCGCCUUUGAAUCGACAGGCGCUAAGCUCACCCCGAGCGAGGACCCUUAUGUUAUCCAACGCGGAGUCCUCCACAGGCUGAAUAAGCAGGUUGUCGAGGAGAACAAUCACAGGAAUGACCUCAUCAACAUACAGGACGGCUUUAAGGCCUUCGAGGCCCACGUGGUGGAAGUGGUCCAGCAGGCGAUAGAGGCUCUCAAUCAGGUCGCCGGUGGCCAAGCGGAGAAGAUGAGGGCGCUUUACGUCGACAUGCUCGGCGCGGCCCAACGCAUCCCGGCCGAAUUUGAGUGGAACGGCUUCCUGUCCCGUGAGGGUAACCGUCUUGUCGAUCCGAAUGACCCGCCCCGGAGCGUGGAGUCGGUUAAUUUUCCGAAUCAGAACCACGUUUCCACCAAGGCGCUGAUCGAGGGCAGCCUGGAACGUAAGUCGCGAAACAAGUUAUCGUGGGGCACCCAGUCGGCCUAUUACGUCGUCACCCCAUCCAAGUUCUUGCACGAGUUCAAAGACGACGAUAACGUACGGAUCGACCCGAAACCUGAGCUAUCCAUCUACCUUCCCGAUGCCGUCAUUGGCGUGCCGAGCGGCGAAAAGUUCUACAUCAAAGGGAAGGAUAGGGGUGGGAGCUUCAGCAGCAAAUUGGCCGGGACCUCCGAGCUGCAAUUCAAGGCGCACUCGGCUGCCGAUGCCCAAAAGUGGUACGACGCUAUCCGCAUCGCGGCCGGCACGACUGGAUCUAUUUCCAAUAGCCAGCCUCAUUCACCGACUGGUAGCACUCCUGGCUCUAUUAGUGGUGCGAGCACCAAGGUUGAUUCCAGCGUCGGCCACAAGGAGCAGGAAUCUGGCAUCAUGGGCGGCGAGACCGUCAGCAGCCCUACGGCCCUGUCGCCCGCGGUCACCCGGCAAAGCACGAUGAAGGAUAGUGCUUCAGCCUCGGAGAAGAAGAAGGAGGCCGAUGCGUAGAGGCAUAGCUUACCUGCCACCUCGCAACGGAACGGUUGAAAGGAAGCCCAGGGCUGUCGGCGUGAGGGAUUUACGAGCUGCAUGGCAAGGAGAAGGAAUGAGUCAGUCAUCCCAACUUCACAGUACAAGAUGGGGGGACGACUUGGGCCACGGCAGGCCGGAUAAGCAUAGUAACGACGUUCUUGCUUCGACCCCCGGUCGUGGCGUCGCAAGGCGAUGAACAGAAGAACAGCUGCUUCGAAGACUGAAAGCGGGGGGUGGGAGGGGGC